AUGGGUGACUAUACAGAUCACGAGAAAGUGUGCCUUACUUACACUGACCUAAUUUUACAGCUGAUUCUCGUGGCCAUUCUCUUUAUCGGCGCUGUUUUCGCUGAGAAGAAGGAGGAACUCAAGGAAUCUGAGUCAUACGCUUAUCCCGUAGGCUACCACGGCUAUGGCUAUUCACCCUAUGGUUAUGGUGGUUAUGGCCAUGGAUAUGGUGGCUAUGGUCACGGAUAUGUUCGAGAUUUCCGAUGGCUGUGGCAUCUUUAUUCCAACUAUCCGAUAGCAAUGGACCUGGUUCUUGUGGUCGUCAUCUUUAUCGGCGCUGUGUCUGCAGAGAACAAGGAGGAACUCAAGGAAUCUGAGUCAUACGCUUAUCCUGUAGGUUACCAAGGAUAUGGCUAUUCACCAUACGUAGGUUAUGGUGCAUAUGGUCACGGAUAUGGUGGCUAUGGAUAUCUGGGAGCUGGCUACGGUGCCCACGGCUAUGGUGGUCUUGCUGCCAGCGCUCGCCAUGGAGCUUACGGAUAUGGUGCUCACGGACUGAAUGCCAACGCUGCCCAUCGCAACCUGAACGCCUAUGGUGCCCAUGCUGGCUAUGCCGGACAUUACAGAGAUAUUGGCGCUUAUGCCCGUAACAAGGGAUCUGGAUACACAAAAGCUUAUGCUUACGACAAGAAGGCUGGUUACCACAACCGUGGUGGAGCUGUUGCUGGUUACGGUGCUCGUUAUGGUCUAAGUGAUAAUUCUGGCAGUGCCAGUCUUGGUGCCUAUGGUAAGUACGGACACGGUGCCUACGGUGCUGCUAAUUUGGCUGCUACCCAUGGUUAUGGUGCCUACGGUCAUCUGGGAGCCGGAUAUGGUCUUCAUGGAUAUGGAUACGGACACUACCCUGCCACCUACUACGGUUACCACUAA